UUGAGGGGAACUUUUGAACUUGAGCUCAAUGCUGCCAAGGUGAAUAUUUAAUUAAAAGCUAAAUGUAUUUAUACUACAAAAUUUCUAGCGUUCUAGACAUUUUUUUUUAAAUAAAAUUUUACUUUAUUACCUUACUAAGAUCUUCAGAAUUUUUCCGAGGAACGUGUAAAAUAAUAGUCGGUGAUUAAUUUUAUAAUCGAAAACAAACUUUCAGUGCUACCAACAUACCAACAACUAACAUGGCGUAUUUUCCUAUUCGUCAUUCUUUCCUAGCCGUUUGAUAAUUAUUGCGUGGCUGUUAUGGGAGAAUUGUUUUAUCGUUCUGUUAUUCAUCUUUUUGACACGUUUUCCAAAUUUUAACUUAAAUUACUAUACACAACCAUGAGCGUCGACGCGUAUGGACCGAGCUCCCAAACGCUCACAUUUCUGGAUACUGAAGAAGCGGAUCUUAUAGGAGCUGAUACUCAGGGAUCGGAGUUCGAGUUCACUGAUUUCACCCUCCCUUCUCAGAGCCAAACCCAGGCUUCACAGCAUGAUCAUGGUCUAACCACCUCCAACCAGGUUAACGGCCUGGGUCGUUUGGAUCUGAGUUCUAAAGUCUCUUCUGUUACCAAUGCGAUAGCAGAGUUGCAAUUUGAGGAAGAGGAUGAAGCUCUGUAUAGCAGCAAAGAGCUGCCUGACCAUGCUUGCAAGUACUGCGGUAUCCACGACCCAGCGACUGUCGUGAUGUGCAACAUAUGCAAUAAGUGGUUCUGCAAUGGCCGCGGCAACACCUCCGGCUCGCAUAUCAUCAACCACCUGGUCCGAGCCAAGCAUAAAGAGGCUGCUCUGCACCGCGACGGGCCUCUGGGCGAGACCUUACUUGAGUGCUACUCGUGUGGUGCAAGAAAUGUCUUUGUUCUCGGCUUUAUCCCGGCUAAGGCUGACUCUGUCGUGGUGUUGCUGUGUCGUCAACCUUGUGCGGCGCAGAGCUCCCUCAAGGACAUGAACUGGGACCAGGAGCAGUGGAAGCCCUUGAUUUCGGACCGCGCUUUCCUGUCCUGGCUGGUUAAAGUACCAUCUGAAGCUGAGCAGAUGAGGGCCCGUCAGGUGACCCCGCAGCAGAUCGGGCGGCUGGAGGAGCUGUGGCGCGACAACGUGGACGCCACGUUCCAGGACUUGGAGAAGCCCGGCGUGGACGAGGAGCCGCACCAGGUGCUGCUCAGAUACGAAGACGGCUAUCAAUACCAGAACAUCUUCGGCCCGUUGGUCAAGCUCGAAGCGGAUUACGACAAGAGACUGAAAGAGUCUCAGACUCAAGAGGGCAUUGAGGUUCGCUGGGACGUGGGGCUUAAUAAGAAGACCAUAGCUUACUUCACGCUGGCCAAGACCGAUAGUGAUAUGAAGCUGAUGCAUGGAGAUGAACUUAGGCUGAGAUACGUGGGCGAGCUGCACAAGCCCUGGGCGGGCGUGGGCCACGUGAUCAAGGUGCCGGACAACUACGGCGACGACGUGGGGCUGGAGCUCAAGUCCGGCGCCGGCGCGCCCGCCGACUGCACCGCCAGCUUCGUCGUCGACUUCAUAUGGAAGAGCACCAGCUUCGACAGGAUGCAACUGGCCCUGCGCAAGUUCGCGGUGGACGAGUCGUCGGUGUCGGGCUACAUCUACCGGCGCCUGCUGGGCCACGAGGUGGACGAGGUGCUGUUCCGCGUGCACCUGCCCAAGCACUUCAGCGCGCCCAACCUGCCCGACCUCAACCGCUCGCAGGUCCGUCUCGGCUCACCUCUUACAAUCUCUACAUCUACCGGCGCCUGCUGGGCCACGAGGUGGACGAGGUGCUGUUCCGCGUGCACCUGCCCAAGCACUUCAGCGCGCCCAACCUGCCCGACCUCAACCGCUCGCAGGUCCGUCUCGGCUCACCUCUUACAAUCUCUACAUCUACCGGCGCCUGCUGGGCCACGAGGUGGACGAGGUGCUGUUCCGCGUGCACCUGCCCAAGCACUUCAGCGCGCCCAACCUGCCCGACCUCAACCGCUCGCAGGUCCGUCUCGGCUCACCUCUUACAAUCUCUACAUCUACCGGCGCCUGCUGGGCCACGAGGUGGACGAGGUGCUGUUCCGCGUGCACCUGCCCAAGCACUUCAGCGCGCCCAACCUGCCCGACCUCAACCGCUCGCAGGUCCGUCUCGGCUCACCUCUUACAAUCUCUACAUCUACCGGCGCCUGCUGGGCCACGAGGUGGACGAGGUGCUGUUCCGCGUGCACCUGCCCAAGCACUUCAGCGCGCCCAACCUGCCCGACCUCAACCGCUCGCAGGUCCGUCUCGGCUCACCUCUUACAAUCUCUACAUCUACCGGCGCCUGCUGGGCCACGAGGUGGACGAGGUGCUGUUCCGCGUGCACCUGCCCAAGCACUUCAGCGCGCCCAACCUGCCCGACCUCAACCGCUCGCAGGUCCGUCUCGGCUCACCUCUUACAAUCUCUACAUCUACCGGCGCCUGCUGGGCCACGAGGUGGACGAGGUGCUGUUCCGCGUGCACCUGCCCAAGCACUUCAGCGCGCCCAACCUGCCCGACCUCAACCGCUCGCAGGUCCGUCUCGGCUCACCUCUUACAAUCUCUACAUCUACCGGCGCCUGCUGGGCCACGAGGUGGACGAGGUGCUGUUCCGCGUGCACCUGCCCAAGCACUUCAGCGCGCCCAACCUGCCCGACCUCAACCGCUCGCAGGUCCGUCUCGGCUCACCUCUUACAAUCUCUACAUCUACCGGCGCCUGCUGGGCCACGAGGUGGACGAGGUGCUGUUCCGCGUGCACCUGCCCAAGCACUUCAGCGCGCCCAACCUGCCCGACCUCAACCGCUCGCAGGUCCGUCUCGGCUCACCUCUUACAAUCUCUACAUCUACCGGCGCCUGCUGGGCCACGAGGUGGACGAGGUGCUGUUCCGCGUGCACCUGCCCAAGCACUUCAGCGCGCCCAACCUGCCCGACCUCAACCGCUCGCAGGUCCGUCUCGGCUCACCUCUUACAAUCUCUACAUCUACCGGCGCCUGCUGGGCCACGAGGUGGACGAGGUGCUGUUCCGCGUGCACCUGCCCAAGCACUUCAGCGCGCCCAACCUGCCCGACCUCAACCGCUCGCAGGUCCGUCUCGGCUCACCUCUUACAAUCUCUACAUCUACCGGCGCCUGCUGGGCCACGAGGUGGACGAGGUGCUGUUCCGCGUGCACCUGCCCAAGCACUUCAGCGCGCCCAACCUGCCCGACCUCAACCGCUCGCAGGUCCGUCUCGGCUCACCUCUUACAAUCUCUACAUCUACCGGCGCCUGCUGGGCCACGAGGUGGACGAGGUGCUGUUCCGCGUGCACCUGCCCAAGCACUUCAGCGCGCCCAACCUGCCCGACCUCAACCGCUCGCAGGUCCGUCUCGGCUCACCUCUUACAAUCUCUACAUCUACCGGCGCCUGCUGGGCCACGAGGUGGACGAGGUGCUGUUCCGCGUGCACCUGCCCAAGCACUUCAGCGCGCCCAACCUGCCCGACCUCAACCGCUCGCAGGUCCGUCUCGGCUCACCUCUUACAAUCUCUACAUCUACCGGCGCCUGCUGGGCCACGAGGUGGACGAGGUGCUGUUCCGCGUGCACCUGCCCAAGCACUUCAGCGCGCCCAACCUGCCCGACCUCAACCGCUCGCAGGUCCGUCUCGGCUCACCUCUUACAAUCUCUACAUCUACCGGCGCCUGCUGGGCCACGAGGUGGACGAGGUGCUGUUCCGCGUGCACCUGCCCAAGCACUUCAGCGCGCCCAACCUGCCCGACCUCAACCGCUCGCAGGUCCGUCUCGGCUCACCUCUUACAAUCUCUACAUCUACCGGCGCCUGCUGGGCCACGAGGUGGACGAGGUGCUGUUCCGCGUGCACCUGCCCAAGCACUUCAGCGCGCCCAACCUGCCCGACCUCAACCGCUCGCAGGUCCGUCUCGGCUCACCUCUUACAAUCUCUACAUCUACCGGCGCCUGCUGGGCCACGAGGUGGACGAGGUGCUGUUCCGCGUGCACCUGCCCAAGCACUUCAGCGCGCCCAACCUGCCCGACCUCAACCGCUCGCAGGUCCGUCUCGGCUCACCUCUUACAAUCUCUACAUCUACCGGCGCCUGCUGGGCCACGAGGUGGACGAGGUGCUGUUCCGCGUGCACCUGCCCAAGCACUUCAGCGCGCCCAACCUGCCCGACCUCAACCGCUCGCAGGUCCGUCUCGGCUCACCUCUUACAAUCUCUACAUCUACCGGCGCCUGCUGGGCCACGAGGUGGACGAGGUGCUGUUCCGCGUGCACCUGCCCAAGCACUUCAGCGCGCCCAACCUGCCCGACCUCAACCGCUCGCAGGUGUACGCAGUGAAGCAUGCACUCCAGCGACCCCUAUCCCUCAUCCAGGGCCCGCCCGGCACGGGCAAGACGGUGACGUCGGCCACCAUCGUGUACCAGCUGGCGCGGCAGAGCGGCGCGGCCGUGCUGGUGUGCGCGCCGUCCAACACGGCCGUGGACCAGCUCACCGAGAAGAUCCACCGCACC